AUGACGUCCUUCCACGAUGUUGCUGGAAGUUGCCAGGAGACGACACCCCUCGUGGCCAAGACGCAGCAUAACCCAGUGAUACUGUAUCUACUCACCCUUUGCUCCACCAUCGGAGGGUUCUUGUUCGGCUAUGACACGGGUGUGAUCUCCGGUGCAUUGGUGUUGCUCAAAGACCCAAAGGUUUUCCACCUUACUGAUCUGCAGAGUGAGAGUGUCGUCUCUGCUGCGGUCUUCGGAGCCAUCGCUGGAGCUGCUCUCAGUUCUUGUGGCAAUCACAUGUUGGGGCGUCGCCCAGUCAUUCUCUUAUCAUCGGCCAUGUUUGCCACUGGCUCAUUUUCCAUGGCUAUGGCUGAAACUUUUGUUGAGUUGCUGUUCGGCAGGCUCAUCGUCGGGAUUGCCAUUGGUUUCGCCUCUAUGACAGUGCCGCUUUACAUCGCAGAGGUAUCACCACCGGACAUUCGCGGUCGAUUGGUGUCGCUUAAUACGGCAUUGGUAACUGGUGGGCAGUUUUUUUCUGGAGUUCUAGAUGCGCUGCUGGCAGAUAUGGACAACGGAUGGAGAUACAUGCUCGGACUGGCAGCUAUUCCAGCAUUCGUGCAGUUUUUUGGAUUUUUGUUGUUGCCUGAGAGUCCAAGAUAUUUGAUUAGUAAAGGGAGAAUGGAUGAAGCAUGGACAGCAUUAAAACAGAUCCGAGGUACCAAUGACGUUCAGACUGAAGUCGAUCACAUUAAGGCUGAGAUUUUACGCUCUGAAGAGGAGAAUGUGGAUAUCUGGGAUGCCAUUCGCUCUCCUGCAGUGCUUCGGGCACUAGGACUUGGCUGCUUCCUGCAGGCUCUCCAACAACUCUGCGGGAUCAACACGGUCAUGUACUACGGAGCUACCAUCAUUCAGCUUGCAGGCUUCACCGAGCCAACUACGGCCAUCUGGCUCUCGGCUCUUGUGUCAUUCAGUAACUUCAUCUUUACUUUCGUAGGUAUUUACCUCGUGGAUCGUAAAGGUCGACGUUUGCUCACGCUCGGGAGUUUAUUCGGCAUUAUUUUGUCCCUUACGGCACUUGGCGCGAGCUUUUACGCCGCCGAGUUGCAAUCCGUGGAAUCUAUUGGAGUCGGUGAAUGCUCCCAGUAUUCUACCUGCUUGGACUGUAUUACCAGUACGACGUGUGGAUUCUGCUCGGAGGGAAAAAUAUCGGAGAUAUCAGCUAUGACAGAAAAUCUGUGUCUGCCCGGAACAACGACCUCAACAAUUCAAGGAUCUUGUACAAAUUCCAACUGGAGCUUCGAGUCGUGUCCAUCUGAAUCCCGCACGGCUGGAUGGGUAAUAUUUGUGACGCUUUUUAUCUAUUUGGCGUGCUUUGCGAGUGGCAUGGGCUGCAUGCCCUGGACUAUCAACGCAGAAAUCUACCCACUACAUGUUCGCAGUUUUGCUCUGAGCAUCGCUACGUCGGUCAACUGGCUGUUCAACCUGCUUGUGUCAUUUACGUUCCUCUCUGUUGUGGACAUGCUCGAGCCGUACGGUGCUUUUUGGCUGUAUGCAUCAUUCGCACUCUUUGGGCUUGUAUAUCUGUGGAGAGAGCUACCAGAAACGAAAGGAUUGGAACUCGAAGAAAUCCAAUGUAUCUUCGAGAUGCAAGAAAGUGGCAUAAGGGAAUGA